AUGGUCAUAAUAAGUUGUGUCCGGAUGUUUGAUCCCUGGGAUACAAUGGUAGCACAAUCGACCUUCACCAACCCUCUCAUCUACUCGGACUUCCCUGAUAACGAUGUUUCCAAAGGCCCUGAUGGCGACUACUAUUUCUCAGCAUCAAGUUUUCAAUUCUCACCCGGAGCGCCAAUCCUCAAAUCCCUGGAUCUCGUCAACUGGGAACUAAUUGGUCAUUCCGUACCAUCUGUCGCAGCUUUUGGAAGCACCUUCGAGAUGCAAGAUACUCCGGCAUAUGUGUCAGGUGUUUGGGCUUCUACCAUGCGGUAUCGCGCGAGCAAGGGCAAGUGGUAUUGGUACGGCUGCAUCGGCUUUUCCAAAACUUACGUUUAUACCGCCACCUCAGUUACAGGCCCCUGGGCACAGGCAGGAACGAUCAGUCAUUGCUUUUAUGACUGCGGUCUCCUAAUUGAUGAUGACGAUACGAUGUAUAUCGUUUACGGCCAGACCAACAUUAGUAUAGCCACAUUGUCUUCCGAUGGGCUGGGCAUAACGAAAACAGCACAAUUGUUUUCCGGCCCUGGCGGCGCCAGCGAGGAGGGAUCACGAUUGUACAAGAUAAAUGGGUUUUACUACGUUCUUGGUGAUAGACCCAGUGGCACUACCUAUGUCUGGAGAUCCUCCUCCAUCUAUGGAACCUGGACGUAUCAAACGCUCCAGACUGGGGUUUCUUCACCUAUUCCCGGUGGUGGACUCAUUGACCAGGGCAGUUUUGUUCAAGCACCCAACGGCGACUGCAAUAAAUGGGCGGUUUCCUAUCCUUUCCCUGGAACAUCAGCUGCGCCGCUGCCAGCCCGGAACGGUACUGACGCUUUCUCCGGCACCUCGCCUGGCCCAGGGUGGGAAUGGAAUUUUGCUCCCGACACCACCAAAUUCUCCAUCAACAAUAGUCUGACCCUCUACAUGGCCACGGUAACCAAUGACCUAUACAAGUCACGAAACACCCUCACACACCGUACUGACGGUGGCUCUCCAAUCGGAACCGUGGAAAUUGACUUUUCUGGUAUGGCUGACGGCGACUCAUGUGGCCUUGCGGCUUUCCGGGACUCCACUGCGUGGAUUGGUGUUACCCGUAGUGGUAGUACAUACAACCUCGUCCAAGUGUCGGGUGCUACUCAAGACUCAAGCAACAAGUGGGCCACAACGAGCACUGGGAAUACUAUAGCCAGCAAAUCUAUCUCUGUUAGCAGGAUUUAUCUACGAGUCUCUAUGGAUGUUCGACCAAAUGGCGCCAAGUCGGCUACAUUCUCUUAUUCUACUAAUGGUUCGAGCUUUACAUCAUUUGGCUCAAUAUUCACAUUAAAUAGCACUUGGCAAUACUUCACGGGCUAUCGCUAUGGAAUUUUCAAUUUUGCUACAAAAACCUUAGGCGGUUUUAUUAAAGUUAUUUCAUUUACAACAAGCGGAAGUAGCUAG